CUGCCAUCGACAUGGACAGACAGUCUCUCUGGAAUCUUGACUGCCAUCUUCCGCUCCUCACGAUUCCGAUUGCUCCUAGAACACCACCAAUACUCGCGCGCAGGAUGCCCCUGACUCCGGAGCUCGCAGCACCCAGCCGUGAGCAGCAAACAGCAGGCACCGCCGAGAUGCUGGCUCGACGCGAGCCUGGCACCGCCGUGCCCCAUGGCUCCGCCUCUUCCCAUACGCAGCCCGUCGCAGGUGAUCCUAUGCCCGGUACCAGUAGCAGCCACAAGACACCCCGCCACACGACACACAACACCCUCGUCCAUCGGGAUUUCGCCCUCGGUGUAGCCGACCCAGGCGCCGGCGCCACCCCCAUCACCCCGGGCGUGUCGGCCGCCAUCGCCGUCGGCGCCGUCCUCUUCGUCCUCGUCCUCGCCGUCUUUGGACUCCGCAACACGGGCAAGUCGUGGAAGGGACGCAACGGCAGCAGCAGCAGCAACACAGACGAGGAGGCGGCGCGCGAGCAGCAGCAGCACUGCCGCGGCGGCAAAGACAGCGACGCAGAUGCGCGCCGCCGCCGCCGCACCACCACCCACACCGCCCCGAGACCCACGACGCGGAUGCAGACGCCGCCCUACGUUGAGCAGCCGCCGCCGCCGCCGCCAGUUUCUCACCCAGAGCCCGCCGCGCACCGACGCCCGCGGCUCGCGCGCAACACGAGCCCGUUCACGGCCGAGAUGCAGGAGCGGCGGCAGGCCCCGCAGCAGCGGCGCGGCAGGGAGGCGGCGGGCCUACACGUGGCCGCCGGGGCAGGCACGGUCGGCGACCACGGUCCGGAGCUGCGCCACCCGACGCCCAUCUCGCCCGUAGGCGUCAGUGGCGGCGACAUGUCGGCGCUGCUCGGCACGGCGGGUGGCGGCGGCGGCCCGAUCCUCCCGCCGGUCCUGACGCCCGGCUGGUGCCCGACGCCGACGCCGCCGCCGCCGGCUGGUGCGGGCGGCGCGCCGUCGUCGUCGUCGUCGUACCUUGCGGCGAGGCGGCGGCCGUUGUCGGCUGUGGGGGUGCAGCAGGGCCAGAUCAGUCAUGACAUCGCGCCGUUCCAGGCGCAGGAGGACGUGCCGAGCGGCGGGCAGCACCUGCGGGAGCGGGAGCGGGAGCGGGAGCGGGAGAGGUUGGAGGAGUUGAUGCGGCGGCAGGGAGAGGUGAGGGCUGCGGGUGGACGGGAGGGUCAGUAA